CGCAUCCCAGACUGAGAGAGGCUCGGUCAGCUAAAAGCUAACAGAUUAGCCGCAGUGACAGUGGGACUUGGUGACAUUUUACUAACGUUAUCUGGUCGUAACGAAAAAGGUGAGCCGCCGUAAUGACGACUCUGGAUGACAAGAUUCUGGGAGAGAAGCUGCAGUACUACUACAGCAGCAGCGAGGAUGAAGGCAGCGACAAUGAGGAUGAGGACGGGGAGUGCAAGACCAUCCGGGACAGCACGGUCACUGAGCCUGAGAUAGAGUACAGCGCCGAUGGAAGCGCUGUCAACACAGGACCAAAGGGUGUGAUCAAUGACUGGAGGAAGUACAAGCAGCUGGAGGUGGAGCAGAAGCAAGAGCAGAAGAAAGAGAUGGAACGACUGAUCAAGAAGCUGUCGAUGACCUGCCGCUCUGACCUCGACCUGGAAAAAGACAAAGAGAAACAGAAAGAGCUGCAGGAAAAGCUCCAGGGCAAAAUGACCAUGCAGGAGUACAACAUGCUCCAGGAACAAGAAGAUGAUGAAGACUUCCUGCAGCAUUACCGCAUGCAGCGCAUCGAAGAGAUGCGGCGCCAGCUCUGCCGCGGCAAACGCUUCGAGCAAGUCUACGAGCUCAACAGCGGAGAGGACUUCCUGGAGGCUUUAGACAAGGAGGACAAAAGCACACUGGUCAUGAUCCACAUCUACGAGCUGGAAGUCCCGGGCUGCGAGGCCAUGAGCGGCAGCCUGAUGUGUCUGGCUCAGGAAUACCCGCUGGUCAAGUUCUGCAGCGUACGCAGCUCGGCAAUCAGCACCAGCGCGCAGUUCAGAGGCAGCGCUCUGCCCGCCCUGCUGGUUUACAAAGGAGGAGACCUGAUCGGCAACUUCGUGAGGCUCACGGACCAGCUCGGGGAGGAUUUCUUUGCCGUAGACGUGGAGGCCCUGCUGCAGGAGUACGGCCUGCUGCCCGACAAGUCCCCCGUUGUCCAGAAGACCAUCCGUAAUGGAGCCAUCAUACAGAGCAAUCAGAGCGAUGAGGACUCUGACCUUGAUAUAGACUAGAGCCGUAACAUCUAUCUUCCAUUAUAUGCUUGGGAAAUGUGUGUACACAGUCUGCAUGGACUAUAGAUCAUUUACAUGUAUGUGGACCCCAUCGUAGUGAUGACGGACUGAGCCAGGUUCGCCAUUUUACUACUCACACAGUAACAUACAACCAGCAUUGAAGCAGAACCAAAAGUAAAUGCUCACACACACACACACACACACACACACACACACACACACACACACACACACACACACACACACACACACACACACACACACACACACACACACACACUACGACCCAAUGGGCGUUCAUCAUGAUAUCAUUCCAUGUUAAAUAUGAGUUAUAUUGAAUGAGAGUAAGUACUAGGCAUUAUUAUUAAUAUUAUUAUUAUUAUUAUUAUUAUGGAGGCAUAGUGAGAAUGAUGUCGGUUAAAUGUUUUCUUUGAGCUGUGACUGUCAACUAUUUAUUCUUUGUGUAAAAACAUGUUUCCCUGUUUUGUUUCAUGUGCAUCUUCACUGUAUUACAUGUGUUUCACUCUGUAGAAAACGACACUUUCAGCCCAAACUGACUUUUAGUUAGUUUUAUAACUUUUAUAUGUGCUGGACCAUUUCAAAUAGUGGGAAAAAUAAAGUAGUAUUUGGA